GACGUGACAAAUGACUUGUGCCCACAGCCCCAAUGACCUGAUCUUUUUGGUUAAGUAAUACGGAAGUGGAAAAUCUCCGCUUUCCUUCUUGUCCUUCUUUUUUUUGUUUUAGCCGUUCGUUUUGUUUUAUAAAAGGACUGUAUCGGUUUUGUCUUUCAGCAUCAACCUACCACGUCAAGCACCUUAACAGCUUCCAUUGACACCCCGCGCAUACAUACACACAUUUGACAUGUCCAUGUUCUUUACUCGCCGCUCACGGUCUCCCGUCCUCCCCCUCUUUUCAUCAUCAUCAUCCACAUCACACUCGACAUCAUCAUCACAAGAGCAAACCGCAGUGGAAAUGGUGGACAUGUCGUUUGUUCACAAAUCACACACAGCUGGAUACCUCUUGGAAGACGCUUCUCCUACUCCCGACACGGCUUCCGAUGACUCGUUCCUCUCAACAACGAGUUCCUACAUGUCAGAUAUCCACGUUGACGAAAUAGAGGAUGGCCUCCCCAACGUCAUUCGCGAAAGGUCGCUUCCUUCACCACCUUCGAAACGACGUGUAAUACAGUCCCUCAAGGGUGUCUUUGGCAUGAUGUAGUUGUUAGUCAUCUGGAUGACGUUCAAGACAUUUUGGGAUGGAUAUGGGACGUGUACAUAUAAUAUCGGGUUUAGUAUUAGUGGAUUAUAAGGCCAAAGUUUCAAAGUUCAUUUUAAUAGAGUGUAUUGUCAAAGUAUCAAAA